AUGGCAUCAAAACAUGAAGAUUAUCUUUUGGAAAAUGCUGUAAUCCAUAAAGGACCUCCUGUCCGUUAUCGACUAACACCAAAGAGGAAGAAUCUCGAUGGAGAGACUGACAGAGAAUCUAAGUUCAGAAGAUGUACCAUCGGGAAAAAAGAUCCCAAAAACCCGAACAAAACAAUCCUGCUUGUUGGAGGGACCGGGUCAGGAAAGUCAACUCUAAUCAACGGCAUUCUUAAUUAUGUCAUGGGGAUAAAGUUUGAAGACCAAAAAUGGUUUGAGAUUAUAGAUGAAGAGAAGAAAAACACAGCACAGAGUCAGACAUCAGAGGUGACAGUUUAUGAGAUCUUUGGUUUUGAGGGUAAAACACUUCCUUUCUCACUCACCAUCAUCGAUACUCCUGGAUACGGAGACACCAGAGGGAUCGAACACGAUGAUGUAACUACUCAGAAAUUACAUGAUUUAUUCCGCUCAGACGAUGGAGUUCAUGAACUCAAUGCAGUGGGUCUGGUGCUGAAGGCGACUGAGAAUCGACUGAGUGACCGGCUGAAAUACAUCUUUGAUUCAGUGGUGUCUCUGUUUGGAAAAGACAUGGAGGAGAACAUCGUAGCUCUCAUCACACACUCAGAUGGGAUGUCACCUGAUGAUACUCUCCAAGCUCUGGCAGCUGCAAACAUUAAAUGUGCAAAGGAUGAGAGCACCGACCCUGUUCAGCCAGUUCAUUUCCUGUUCAAUAACUGCCAAACCAAACCAAUAAAAAAGGGAUCAGAAAGACUUUUAAAAAUUGCCUGGGAAACAACGAUGGAAGGAAUGGAUCAGUUCACAUCAUUCCUGGGAAAAUCUGCACCUCAAAAACUGAAGACAACUCUGGCAGUCCUGAAAGAGCGAAUCAGACUGACAGCCUGCAUCCAAAACCUACAAGACAGAAUUAAUUUGAUUGAACUAAAACAGACAGAGAUCCAACAGACUCAGGAAGCUCUGAAGAAAUAUGAACAAGAGAUGAAGGAGAAUAAGGACUUUACCAUUGAAGUUGAAGAGGUUUCCAAAAAAAGAAAAGACAUUGUCGCUUGGUGGGACAAUAAAGCUGUCUGCUGUUUAACAUGUGAAGAGAACUGUCACUAUCCUGGAUGCACCCUGGCCUGGAAACCUGAACACUGUGAGGUCAUGAAAAGAGGUCGCUGUACAUCAUGUAGUGGGAAGUGUCCUGCAUCAGAUCAUGUGAAGGAAAGAUGGAGAUAUGUGACCGAGACCAAAACAAUUAAGAAGACCCUACAAGAUGUUAAAGAGAAGUAUGAGAAGAAUAAAACAAAAACUGUGGAGGGGAAGAGCCUGAUGGCAAAUCUUGAAGCAGAGAUUGAAGAACUGAAAGCAGAGAAGAUAAAGUUGCUGGAUGAGUCCUACCAACAUGUUGAACAUCUGGAGGAGAUCGCCCUGAAUGUCUCUCUGAGGUCUCACAGGGUCAAAACCAUAGACUGUGGCUGUGUCUCAAUUCAGGGGCUGCAUCCUUGUAAGGACGCAUUUUAA